CGUCAGAAGAACGCGAACUCUCGAGACAUCGCCAUUUUCUGUUGACUUCCCGUAAAGAUGUUAGACUGAUAUUUACAUCCUUGUAAUGGCUUGACAACAUCUAAGCGUGGACACAGCGAGAGCUGAAGUAACAGACCAUGCCAUUUAUACAACGGUGUUUGGAACCCAUAAACGUUAGUCGGGUAGAGGUAGAGAAGGGCAUUAAAAAUGAGUUGGAAUGUGUGACCAAUCACACGCUCAGUAACAUAAUUCUACAGCUCAGCAGUCUCAGCAAGCAUGCGGAGGACAUGUUUACUGAGCUGUCACAGGAAGUGCAGACGUUCACGGACCGUACACGGCAGCUCCAGGGGAGAAUAGACCAUCUACAGGAGAAGGUUACCAGGCUGGAUGCUGCUGGAGAACUAGUGUCCAUUCAUGAUAUACACCUGAGGAAACCUUACAAGAGUUCUACCCAACACGACCAACAGGUAGUGUCCAGAUCUACAAUACCUCGAUGUAUACUGAAGGCUUACAGUCAAUGUGAAGCCACUCCGGCUCUGGACAAACUUAAUCCCUACAGAGAGGAUGGUAGGGAUAGUGUGAAGUUUUACACAGAUCCAGGGUAUUUCUUUGAAUUGUGGUUCCAAGACAUCCAAAAAGAUAUAGAAAAUAGGAAAACUGAACUGAAAGCCAAGAGGAAAAAGAGACCACAGAAGCCAAAUCAACAAAAGAAAGCCCCACGACAGGUGCAAACAGUAGUGGAGAAAUACCGGGAUAUGAAGCAGGGAGUGGAGUUCUCCAACAAAUCUGAUUACGCUGAUCCCGCUAAACUAAAUAUACAAAACAACCAACCAAGACCCGGAAGCUUAGAGGUGCAAACGAGAAAACCUGACACUGACCAUAGGGGCUCAAGACCUCCUCCUAACGGGCCACAGUAUUCUCAGGAUGUGUCAAGACAGUCUAACUUUCAAAAUGAGAACAAUAAUUAUAUUGGCCAGACUGGAGGUCACCAUCCUCAAAGCAUUCAAAACCAGUUAUCUCCUCAGCAGAACCGAAUGUCAAAUAUGUCACACCGGGGAUCCUCUGGAAGUAUUGGUGCCUCAAGGCCCAGUCAGCCCCCUCCUGCACCUCCUCCUUUGAUGUCAAAUGCACAUCUUCAUCAUCAUCAUAACAGUCCAAACAGGGACAGCCUACCACCGCCACCACCACCCCCACCACUGGGUGAAGAUGAGGAUCCAAGACGGUACCACCCUAGUCCAGAAAUUUCUAGAGUGCCCACCACUCACCGACCGUCACCUGCAAGGCAAGAGGUGGAUCUGCCUCCCCCACCUCCUCCCCCUCCCAUGAGCCCAGAACAAAAUCUACCCCCUCCCCCACCUCCACCACCUGUGGAUACGGGGAUGGCGCCCCCUCCACCACCACCUCCUCCGCCACCUAUGCCUAUGACUAAUGGCUUUGAUGAUGAGAGUUCUUCAACUGGUUCUAGUUCCCUAAAAAUGGAUCUUAGUGCUUCUCCACAACUGAAACCAACACCAAAGCCACAGCCCAUGGUGGAUGAUAGAAGUAACUUGUUGGCACAAAUUCGACUGGGCACUCAUAAAGAUAAAUUACGUAAGGUGGAAGAGAAGAAACAAGAAAGAGACAAGUCUGCACCUGGUGGAAACUUUGAUGUUCAUUCCAUCAUGAACAGAGCAUUUGAAAUGCGUCGUAAAGUGAUAGAAGAAAGUGAAGAAGAAGACGGUUCUUCUGAUGAUGAAUGGGACUGAUCAGCAUUAACUCCAGACUUGUACAAAACUACAGUGUAUACCAUAGGCAGCAAACGCUGCCGAGAUCUCUUGUUGAUUGUGUAUCCAUGACAACAGGAUUUUCUCCAAAGACCCAACUUGAAUGAAAUAUUCGGGGAGGUGAAAGACAUGCAACUUGAAAAGAACUGCAUGCGGCUUUGUAUUCAGCUGAUGCAGUGAGAAUGUACUUGUAAACACAUAAUACAGGACAAAAUAUUAGCAAAAGAUUGCCCUUAAUCCAUGUUUUAUAUAUAUAUACAAUUGUAUAAUCCAAGGAAUGUCUUAUAACUAAUCAAAGAUGACUGCUUUAUUAUGGCAUAGAGAAACUUUCUCCCAUCACCUCAGUAUGUGUCGCUUCAUUCUGUGUAUAGAUCCAUGAUCACUGUUUCCCAUAUUAUACCUUGAUUUUAAGAGACAAAGUAAGAAAUCGGUGUAAAAUCGAAUUAUUAUGAUAUCCAGGUAUAUCUACUUAAUAAGUAUAAAUGAAUUUAAGAUUUAUAUAUAUCUCAUACAUACAAUUUAAUUUCUGAAGCAUAAUAUCAGGAUGUGAUAAGAACACUUGAAUAUACAUUUAUGUUGCUCUCUCUCUCUCUCUCUCUCUCUCUCUGCAUCUUAUUUAUGAUUAACACACAGGUAUAAUUAAGACAGUCAGAGGUAUAUUAUAUUUUUACUGUUUUAUCUACAUUUCUGGUAUGUGUGUGCUAUCUAAAGAAAUUCUUCAUGUUUGGUAAGACAUAUUCCUCAGUGUUUCAUACUGCAUAUAAUACAUACAUGAAGGUAUUGAAUUUGACAUGUUAAAGGUGUGAAUUGUAGUGAUAAGAGUACAUUUUAUCCAUACUGUUGAUGAAGAAAGAUUAUUGUUUUAAAAGAGUAAAAUUAUUCAUUACAUGCAACAUGAAAUUUGUAGACAUCACUUAAUAAUUGUCUAGUAUGACAUCUAUUGCAACAGUUUUCCAUCAAAGUACAGUGCAACAAUACUCAAAAAACUUUCAGUUUCAGAAUGUAUUACUUUCUAAAUAUUUUCUUCUAGCCAAUAUGCCGAAAUACUGUAUUUUCUUAGCCCUGUAUGUAAACUUUAAUUUCAUCACAUGGAUAGGGAGAUAAUUAUAUUGAUAAAUUGCUGCUGUUUUUGCUUAACCCUCAGUUGUCUUCCUUGAAUAAAAGUACUUGUUAAUUGUA